UGCAAUGGUGACGUCACUGAUAAUAGCACAUCACUAAGCAGCUGAUUCUUUGUAAAUUCUCAGUUUAUUCACAAACUAUUUAUACCUAAACUUACACCAACUUUUGGUUAAAUUAUAAUCGUAAAAUCUUAGCUAAAAUGGCGGAUGACUUGCCGGAGCAGUUUGACUUGGUGGUCAUAGGCACAGGCUUCACCGAAUCCUGCAUCGCUGCUGCAGCCAGCAGAGUUGGAAAAUCCGUGCUCCACAUCGAUAGCAAUGAGUACUACGGCGAUGUGUGGAGCUCCUUUAGUAUGGAUACAUAUUGUGCCCGAAUUGACAGGGUAGUAGAGCCUCAUUCCACGUUGCGAAAUGCGAGCUACACCUGGCAUGUUGCGGAAACAGCGCCGGAAACAGAAUCCAUAGAGACCCAGGGGGAUCAACGUUGGACUCGGGACAGUGUAAUGGCCAAAUCUCGUCGCUUCAGUUUAGAUUUAUGCCCACGCAUUCUUUACGCCGCAGGGGAGCUGGUGCAGUUGCUUAUUAAAUCAAACAUCUGCCGCUAUGCAGAGUUCAGGGCCGUGGAUCACGUGUGCAUGCGUCACAACGAGGAGAUAGUAUCCGUGCCUUGCUCCCGCAGCGAUGUUUUCAACACAAAAUCGUUGACAAUUGUGGAGAAACGUUUACUGAUGAAAUUCCUGACCGCGUGCAAUGAUUACGGCGAAGACAAAUGCAAUGAAGACUCAUUGGAAUUCCGUGGGCGAACUUUCCUUGAGUAUUUGCAGGCUCAGCGGGUAACCGAGAAGAUCUCCUCCUGCGUGAUGCAGGCCAUUGCCAUGUGCGGACCAAACACCAGUUUCGAGGAGGGCAUGCAGCGAACGCAACGAUUUUUAGGCAGCCUUGGACGCUACGGCAACACGCCUUUCCUGUUUCCCAUGUACGGCUGCGGGGAGCUGCCGCAGUGCUUUUGUCGAUUAUGUGCCGUAUACGGAGGCAUCUAUUGCCUGAAGAGGGCCGUGGACGACAUUGGCUUGGAUGCCGAAACCAACGAAUUGGUUCUGAGCAGUGCUGGAAAAACAUUGCGUGCCAAGAAUGUGGUCUCAGCACCUGGUUAUUCGCCAGUUUCUAAAGGCGUAGAGAUGCGUCCGCACAUCUCACGAGGAUUGUUUGUGGCCUCCAAUCCACUGGGCAACGAGGAGUUGAACAAAGGUGGCGGUGGCGUGAAUUUGUUGCGUUUGUUGGAUGCAGAUGGGCAGAGAGAAGCUAUUUUAAUACAAUUAUCUCACUAUUCCGGCGCUUGUCCCGAAGGAUUGUAUGUUUUUCACCUUACAACACCUGCUGUAAGCGAAGAUCCUGCUUCGGACUUAUCCGCCUUCACCAGCCUGCUUUUUGAUCGCUCUGAUGUGCAACUUAUAUUCAGCUCCUACUUUACUAUUGCUUCCCAAUCGAAUAAAAGUGCUGCAGCCGAGCACAUUCAUUACACAGAGGCUCCAACCUUCGAACUGGACUACGACGCAGCCAUAUCAAAUGCCCGGCAAGUAUUUAACAAACUCUACGCUGAUGCUGAGUUUUUGCCAAGGGCUCCGGAUCCAGAGGAGAUUGUCAUUGAUGGCGAGGACCCGAGUGCCUUGAACGAAAACAGUUUGCCGGAGGAUCUGAGGGCUCAGCUGCACGACAUGCAGCAGGCCACACAGGAAAUGGAUAUUCAAGAGUAAUUUUUUGCAAUGGAUCAAUUUAAAAUUAUUUAAAAUCAAACUUCACUGCUGUAGGUUAAACGGAAUUUAAUCGAUUUUGUAUACAAUUUACUUCAUAUAUUCCUAUAUAUUUAUUAUGUAAAUUAUUUAUAAUUGCUAAAAGUACUAGGUAUAUAUAAAUGUUUAUAUGUGA